AUGCAUUCUUUCAGCGGCAGCACCAGACGCAAAUCGUCUCAACGCAACAAACGUUCACGAGGCGCUGGAAAGCUGACCGUAGACACCAAAUGUGCAAGUCUGGGCAAGACGGUACCUGCUGAAUCUCGAGUGCAAGGAUUGACCUUUGUGAGCUUCGAGGAAUCGAGGGCUCGUAAGAAGGCUCAUGCACAACAAGCUGCAUCGCGAUCAAAAGCAGAAGAGCCUUCCUACAUCGAACCAAACCGCAAACGAUCACUUCCACCACCAAUCUCGCCGGCUCAGCUCAAUCUGGGAAGCGCAGCAAUCCUCAAAGAUGGCCCGGCUAUCUCUGCAUCGAGGAUCCAGAAAUCAGCGCAAGGCUCUUUGACUUUGCCUCCUCUGCACAGUCGCAUCAAGGGACUUCGCCCAUCACCACUGGACCUCAACAAGGACAUCUCCCCUUCCGAUCGGGCUAUCACCAUUGGCAUCGCUCUGUCACCAUCCACAGUGUCGAAUUACACGAAGAGCCCUUCACCCAUCUUACCUCGUUCAUCGCCGAUUGAAACCAGGUAUAUCAAAGAUCCAAAGACCGGCCAAGAGAUUGCAACACCGAGAAUAGUGAUAACACCCGCAAAAGAACAUUUCUCCCCGUUAGAGAUCUUCCACACCACUGGAUAUCGACCGGCUUCGAGCAUGUAUUCCAGAUACACCACCGGCGCUCCGAGAUCCGCUCAAGAUGGCAAAACUCCACCUGUUCCCCCAUUGCCAUUGUUUGUCAGCGCAAAGUCUGCAACGGUGCAUAACUCAAGAGUGUCGGCAACCACCGUUUUCGAGGAAGACGUACAGCCGGGCACAGUCUCUCUCGAGGCACCGAUAGCUACCAGAUCUCAAGACAUCGACGAGAGCAGGGCCGUUGUUCGAGAGUCCAAAGCCUUAACAGCCGGUCUACCGACACCGAGACGUAGCAAAGGCUGGUGGAACAUCAUCACGUCGCCAUUCUCAGCCAGGACUCCAACAUUUUGGCGUUCGCCACCUUUACGAGAAGAAUAUGCCGACCCCAUUCUGAGUGACGCAGCGUCGAUGGGAGCCUCCGAUCCGCACUCUGGGGUUAUCUUCACUCAUCGCUCGCCAGAAGACACGGCGCUGCGGUCUGCGCCAGCGUCUGGUGUUGAUGUUCCAGGGAAGGAAGAGUUAACGAGACGGAUACCCAAGAGGUCUGAUACCGCACCAGGGGCGAUCGAUCCAGAUUCCUCAGUUAUCAACAUCUACAGGAUUCCGAGCACGGGCGAGGCCGCCGCCUACUACAACCCUAAUAGGCACUUCCCUAGCUUGUGUCUGCAGUCUCGUUCGGUAGAUGGUGAUCUAGCUGGCUGGAGUCCAUCCCAUAGCGUCUUUAUUCCCAUCCGAGUGUCGAAGUCGCCUAAGGAGAUCGGCCGCAGUGCGUUCAGUCCCGAUACGACCAUGUCGAUGGAUGAUGAAGCUGCCGCCAGGCGGUUUACUGCAGCUGGCAGGAAAGAAAGUGAUGCUCCCGUACCGGAAUCGCAAGAUUCAAAACCCAAAGGAGUUCCAACCGGAAUGGCCAUGUUCUCAACUCCAUCAGAAGAUGAGCUGAAGAGUGCGGGCCUCUCCAGGGCACCACCUCAGCGUGGCUUCACUCAAGCAACCAUGGACACGAUGAUGUCGCCGCUAUCUGCCACGCCGGUUGUCGAGGAUGCUCAUGUAGCGACGAUGAUGGGGCCCCAGUCUUCUCGGGGUGAGCAGAGAGAAGUUGAAGUCGAGCCCGCGCCAACGCCAUCCCAAUAUGGUCUUGGAUAUGCAACGCUGGGCGCCGCGACCAUUUCACAUCGGGAAGAGACUCGAGAGUUGAAGCCAGAGCCACCCGUCCUUGAAAAGCCUCCUCAAAGACCACCUCACACCAGACAAGACUCCCACGGCCUGGGGAUAUCGGAUGGUGAAAGAGAGCUCUUCCCUCCACCCCAGAUGCUCAGCGAGAAGCCGCGACUCGGCACAGACAAAUUCGGCCAACUCACAAUUCGCAGCGGAGAAGCCCAAGGUCCAACAGAACCCUGGUACCGCCGAUUCUUCUGGUUCCUGGCCUUUGCAGGCGCAGCCCUCCUCGCGCUCCUCGUCGUCCUUAUGGUCAUCUUCAUCCCGCAACGCCAUCAUGACAUGUCCGUGCAAGCGGCCUGGGUCAAUCUGACUGGUUUCCCGCCCCUUGUCACCGGUAUCAGCACAAUCAUCCAGCCGAACAAGACCGAGUCCCGAGACACUUGCGUGCAACCGUCGGGUAUGUGGAGUUGUGCGGCUCCUCCUCUGACAGAGAAAAGUGCUGGUGGCCUCCCGAACUUUCGGCUGGAGAUCAGGUUUCGCAACGGGACCUUGCCUAACAACGAGACGGCUCUGGCGCAGCAGAGCAAUAGGAAACGAUCGCAGCAGACGAGCCGUCUACAUCGCUUCACGAAAAGAGGCAGCAGCCCCUGGACCUCCUACCUCUACACGCCCUCCCCCUCUCCACCCUCCGAAGCCGACCAAGUCUUCCUCGGCCGCACAACCGACAACAUCACAGCCGCCCCGUACAACGGAGAACAAACUCCCUUCUACAUCUCCCUCCUAGACCCAAUCGCCCUACCCAACGCCGCGUCACCCGCCAACGUACACAAACGCACCGACGCCUCCAACUUCAGCUACCCCUACCCAACACCCGCCUCGGACCCCACCGACAAAAACAACAACCCCAACCCCAAAAACGCAUCCACGGCCCCCGCCGACAAAAUCCCCCAACCCGCCCUCCUCCCCAACGGACAACCCCUCCCACAAACCCUGUACCCCCUCGUCACCGCGCAACCCCUCCGCCUCUACAACCGCGGCCUCGGCACAGAGCACUACGCCUUCUACACCUACUUCGCCCGCACGCUCUACACCGCGAACCUCACCAGCCCCCUCAGCAGCAACAGCACCCUACAAUUCUCCAGCAACGUCCCCCUCGCCAACGCCACCGCCGUGUGCACCUUCGCGCAGACGCGCCUGCACGUGCAGAUCUGGACGCGCAGGUCCAGCGUCACGGCUCUGCCUUCUUCGGUAGGGAAUGGCAGUGUCGAAGCGAAGAAUUCCUCCGCGAAUGAUAUGGUCCCUCCCGGAUCGUUUCCUUAUCCGGUGACGGUCUCGUUGGAUCGGCAUGGUGGGACCGCCGCGGAGAAGGGGGUUUUUUGUUAUGGGGUUGAUGGGGAGGGCCGGGUGGUUGGGGAGCAGAAGGUGUGGGUUGAGGAGGAUAGGGGUGUUGGUGGGGUGUUGGUUAAUGCGGCGGGGGUUCCUGGUGGUGGGAAUAGGACUGAUGUUGUGACGAAGCGAGGUGAUGGUGAUGGUGAUGACGGGGCUGGUGUUGAUGGGGGGAGUGGUGGGUGUGGAUGUGUGUGGCAGAAUUGGGGUUGA